CCACCGCCCUUUUGCCCCUUCUAGCUCCGGCCGAGCUCCCCGUCGCCCCGCCGUCGCUGCCGUAGUGGGGGCGAAUUCCGCCACGGAGCUCAGCUGUAGCGCCCGAGGAAAUCGUUCCCUGCGGCUGCUGGGGCUAUGGAUUCGGGCUCUGGGAAGCCCGAGGAGGUGGCCGCCUAUCAGAGCAGCGAGGCCAAGCAGGCGAGGCUGCAGUCGAUGCUCGCCGCGCUCCUCGAGGACCCCAUACUCGCGGACGUCUCCAGGAAGCCCUCCCUCGCUGACGUCGACACGCUGAUUAACCUCGAGCUCGGCAGCGCUAUGAGGGUGACCGUUGUGAAGUUGGACAACACCUCCUUCGAUGUUGCAGUGUCGAAUGCUGCCACGGUCAAGGAUUUGAAGCUGGCCAUCAGGAAGAAGAUCAAUGAGAUAGAACAAGAGCAGAUGGGGCAUCGUCAUAUCUCAUGGGGAGGCAUGGUCUUCUUUUUGUAUAUUACCCGUUAUGAGCGCGUACAGUAUGGAAAUGGAGAAUACCUGUAUGGGCUUGAAAAGUUGAAUGCAUUUACAUAUGGCUAGCAAGCCCAAGAUUGUCUUGUUCCUUUGAGCUAAGUCUGCUGUGUGCAUAAAGAAGUUGCUGACCUGAAUUUUGGUUCUCAAUUAUUCAGAAGCACCCAAGCCAGUAUUUUCUACUAGAUAAACACAUGAUAUCCUUAGUUCCAAGACUCCUAAAGCUUUCCUUCAAGCAUUUCCAGGGGCCUUCGUCCUUCCUAAGUGGCAAAUUAUGAUCCCAUUUCCAAUUUUCCAUGGUUUCCACGAACCUUUGUAUCUGAUAACAUUUUUACCUAACAAUUUGGGCAGCAUUUAUCACUUGAAAGAGUUCCUGAAAUUAGUAUUUACUGCUGCUAAAUUAACGAAAAGUGUGGCCCCUGGUUGUUGGGCUAUGAGGAUUGCAUUGCUGUUAUGGAAACCUAUAGUAGCUGGAUGGGGCAACUAUUUUAUUUAUGUACAAAUUCAGGGAGGAAUAAUGAUCCCAUAGUUUGUGCUUUCAUGACUUAGCCCAUGUAUGUGUUCUGUUAAAAGGAAUAAGUAGAUGUUGAUUUUUUAUUCUAUCCUUGUGAUGAUAAUUAUGCUCAGUGUUCGUGACAAUGAUAGCAGCAGCUGUUAAUGUAGCAUAAUGAUAUUGUGGGCUUCUGUAAAUUGGUAAUGUUUUGUGUUUGUCAUUUUGCUAUUGAGGAGAGGUACUAUAUAUACUUUUGGUUAAUGGCUUUUUGUGGAACCUUUUGUCUGUUGGUGUUCCUUAUUGUUUAGAUAAUGACAGUUCUGAACUCUGUUUAGAAUGUUUUGCAGAUUCUUGUGCCUUCAUACUAUCUCUGUUU